AUGAGAACCAUCUUUAUUUUGUGCGCUGUAAUUGCUGUCGUUGUGCUGGCUCAAGGCCCUGGAAGUCGGCCAUCGAAAGAUUCGAGUGAUAGCAAUAGUAAAGAGAAACACUCGAAGGAAAACUCGAAGGAAAAUUCGAAAGAAAAUUCGAAGGAAGCUGGAAGAAAAAAAAGAGAAGAUUCGGAUUCCAAUGAAGACGAUGAUGACUCGCAAGAACGAGACGAUGGAUUCUUCGAUAGGAUUUGGAACUUCUUCAAGGGCGAUAAAAAUAAUGGAACUACGAGAGCUCCACCACCGACUGGAAGGCCGACCGGAGAGCCGCCAGUGAGGCCAACUGGUCAACCACCAAUCAGAAUUUAA